AUGAAGACUCAAGCUGGUUCUCUUCCUGGAUUCCUCGGCGCCGUGGGGUGUCUCAUACCACACGUAGCGUCUCACACUCACAUUUCCGCCGCUAUCGGCCAAUGUCUUUUAAACUUACCAGAAGAACUCCAGACUCAAGCACGCUUAGGAUGUCCCCUUCCAGUUGAUGGGGAAACCGCCGAUAGACCGGUUGACUUGUCACCAUGGACUCAUCCUCCGGAAUGCGUGGACUCAAAGAAGACGCCCGGACCUACCUUUUGUGUCUACUCUAAUUCGCAGCACGGAAAUGGAGGCAUUAGUCUAAUCACUACGCCAGAGAUUGCAGCGAGCACUGUUGAAAUACUAAACGACUCGGGCUACACUCACAUAAAACACUUCCUCGACAACAGCGCCGGUCCGGCGUAUGAAGUUGCCGAUAUUCCAGGGAAGGGAAAAGGGGUAAUUGCGACGCGCCAUAUUAAACGCGCCGAGGCAAUAAUGGCGGACUGGGCUGUAUUGAUAGUAAGCUUGGACUUCCCAACUGCGGUAAUGCGGACCGAAGGGUAUCGCUUUCUUCAUAGAGCUGUGGAUCAGUUGGCGGAUCCGGAUCGUGUGCUCUCUCUGGCUCAUAGCAGCUCCUUUUCGGGUGAUAUCGUAGAGGAUAUUUUGAGGACCAACUCCUUCUCGUUUACGUUGGCGGAUGAAUCUCAUAUGGCGCUAUAUCCGGACGUUUCUAGAGUUAACCAUGCAUGUCGCCCAAAUUCUUAUAUCAGAUUCACACCUUCAACUUUGGCCGUGAGUGUUGUUGCUCUAAGGGAUAUUGAUCCAGGAGAGGAGAUCACCAUUACCUAUGUUCCCCUAGGAAAUACCAAGGAUGAAAGACAGGAGGCGUUGAAGAAAUGGGGUUUCGAAUGUACAUGCUCUCUUUGUACGGCAUCCAAAACUGAGGUCGCCGCCUCCGACUAUCGCAGGGCCAAGAUCAAGGAGUUGCGCCGAGAAGUCAUAAAAGCGGUCGAAGCAUGGGAUGGAACGAAAGCAGUCAAGCUCACUCACGAGGUCUUGGAACUUAUGAAGGCAGAGGAUCUUGCGCCGCUCUACUCCAGCCAGUACGAGAUUAUGGCGCGACUAUACUGGAAAGCAAAGGAUAAGAAGACGGCGACUAAAUACGCGCAGAUGUCUAUAGACGCACUAGUCGAUCAGGGGUACCUCGAGGAUAGUCCAAGUUCACUGCCGGCUUUAUUAAAGACAUUUGAUUAG